UAGUAGACCCCACCUUAGCUGAAAUGGGAAAAAACUUGAAGGAGGCAAUGAAGAUGCUAGAGGACAGUCAGAGGAGAGCAGAGGAGGAAAAUGAAAAGAAGGUCCUGUCAGGGGAUAUUCCAGGGCCACUCCAGGGCAGGUAUGAAAAUGGCUGUGCUUAUUUCCACGAAGAAGAAAGAGAGGGACUUGCAAAAAUCUGUAGACUUGCCAUCCAUUCUCGAUAUGAAGACUUUGUAGUGGAUGGAUUUAAUGUAUUAUAUAACAAAAAACCUGUUAUAUAUCUUAGUGCUGCUGCAAGACCUGGCCUGGGCCAAUACCUUUGUAAUCAGCUUGGCUUGCCUUUCCCCUGCUUGUGUCGCGUGCCCUGUAACACUAUGUUUGGAUCCCAGCAUCAGAUGGAUGUUGCCUUCCUGGAGAAAAUGAUUAAAGAUGAUAAAGAGCGAGGAAGACUGCCCCUGUUGCUUGUUGCAAAUGCUGGAACUGCCGCAGUAGGGCACACAGAUAAGAUUGGGCAUUUGAAGGAAAUCUGUGAGCAGUAUGGCAUGUGGCUUCAUGUGGAAGGUGUGAAUCUGGCAACAUUGGCUCUAGGUUAUGUCUCCUCAUCAGUGCUGGCAGCAACCAAAUGUGACAGCAUGACAUUGACUCCUGGCCCAUGGCUGGGUUUACCAGCUGUUCCUGCAGUUACGCUGUACAAGCAUGAUGAUCCUGCCUUGACUUUAGUUGCUGGUCUUAUAUCAAACAAGCCUGCAGACAAACUCCGUGCUCUUCCGCUGUGGUUAUCUUUGCAGUACUUAGGUCUUGAUGGGAUUGUGGAAAGAAUAAAACAUGCCUGCCAGCUGAGUCAGCGAUUGCAAGAAAAUUUGAAGAAAAUAAACUACAUCAAAAUCUUGGUGGAAGAUGAGCUCAGUUCCCCAGUAGUGGUAUUCAGAUUUUUCCAGGAAUUACCAGGCUUAGAUCCAGGGCCUAAAGCUGUACCAGUGCCCAAUGUGGCUCCUUCAACAGUCGGCCAGGAGAGGCACUCCUGUGAUGCACUGAAUCGCUGGCUAGGAGAACAGCUGAAGCAGCUGGUGCCCACAAGUGGCCUCACUGUCAUGGACCUGGAAGCAGAGGGAAUGUGUGUGCGGUUCAGCCCUCUGAUGACAGCAGCAGUUUUAGGAACUCGAAGCGAGGAUGUGGAUCAGCUUGUAGCCUGCAUAAAAAGCAAGCUGCCAGUCCUGACCUAUACACUACAGCUGAGAGAAGAGUUCAAGCAGGAAGUGGAAGGAACAGCAGGCCUCUUAUAUGUGGAUGACCCUAACUGGCCUGGAAUUGGGGUUGUCAGGUAUGAACAUGCUAAUGAUGAUAAAAGCAGUUUGAAGUCAGAUCCUGAAGGAGAAAAAAUCCAUGCUGGACUCCUGAAAAAGUUAAAUGAACUGGAAUCUGAUCUUACAUUUAAAAUGGGCCCCGAGUAUAGAAGUAUGAAGAGCUGUAUUUACAUUGGCAUGGCGAGUGACGAUGUAGAUGUUUCUGAACUAGUGGAGACCAUUGCAGUCAUAGCCAGAGAAAUUGAGGAAAACUCAAGGCUUCUGGAAAACAUGACUGAAGUUGUUCGGAAAGGAAUUCAGGAAGCUCAAGUUCAACUGCAGAAGGCAAAUGAGGAACGACUUCUGGAAGAGGGAGUGUUGCGGCAGAUCCCCGUAGUAGGAUCCGUGUUGAAUUGGUUUUCUCCAUUGCAAGCUUCACAAAAAGGAAGAACUUUUAACUUAACAGCAGGCUCUCUGGAAUCCACAGAACACACAUAUGUCUCCAAAGUACAAGGUACCGGAGUAACACCGCCCCCGACCCCCUCAGGCACUCGCACUAAACAAAGACUUCCAGGCCAGAAGCCUUUUCAAAGGUCUCUAAGAGGCUCAGAUGCAGUGAGUGAGACAAGCUCAGUCAGUCACAUUGAAGACUUGGAAAAGAUGGAGCGACUGACAACUGAGCCAGAGCAAGACACCCCAGAGGCUAACAGCCCUGAGCAGCACCUAGGGGCUCCAGGCCCUCAGGAAGUAGGCCAGACUGAGGUCCUCCAGAAGGACCAGGACCGAAAAGAUGACUGCCCGCAGGUAGAACAGGAGAGCUUAAGAUAAAAGUGUUUUGAGACUGUACUGUUGUUGCAGAGAAGAUGAAGUUAUAUUGAAAAUGUGAACUGUGCCACAUCCUAAUACAGUAGGAAUUACUGUUAUUUGUGCUU